AUGAUGAUUUAUAGGUGGAUUAUUUGUAUUUUAUUCUUAUCUAUUCACAUUAAAUAUGGACGAGCUCAAGGAUCAGCUUUUCGGGAUAUUCCAAAUGUAUACUUCACGAAUUUGUCAGCUGUAUCUUCAACAGCCUCGCCACUUACGGCAAAAACAACUCAAUAUAUUCGUGAUCAAUUAGUUCUUCUAACGGAACACUUUCAAUCAAUAUCAUUACGCAGUACAGAUCGCGUUAUGCGUAAAAUAUAUAUGCAAUCAUUAGACACAUUUCUUAUUGACAAACGUAAUUUAACUCAGCUUGUUAGAGAAAUGGCUAAUUAUACAAACCGUGCUAUUAUGAAAAAAUUAGAAGCUAUUCGAACUUUAGUCACUAUAACUGAACAAUCAUAUCGUCGAUUUGCUGAAACCGAUGAAAAAACUCGCAAUGCUACUGCGCAAUAUAUGCUGCAACAUGGUUAUUUAAGUUCCAAAGAUGUUCAUAAUGUAACAAUAAAUAGUACAUAUGAAGAUUCUUCACUUAGAACAACGAUUGACGGAUUAAAUAAUGACAAUGUUGAUAGAUCUGUAACUGGUGGAACAACAACACCAUUAUCAUAUACAAAAGCUACAAGUGAAGCGUCAACUGACUCUGACACUGAAGAAGAUGUAUUAAAAAAGAAAUUAUUUAUUCAAUCAAAAAAACAUUUCGGUGGUGCCUUUGUUAAUAUAACACAUAGUACAGUUCAUGUACCAACAAUUAUUUAUUCAUUAAAUCAAGAAAUUCUCUUAACUGCUAACUGGUCGUAUAAUCUUAAUCAAGCAUUUAUUGAUAAUUAUAAUCAUGAUCCUGAAUUAACGUGGCAAUAUUUUUGCAGUCAAACAGGCCUUUAUCGUGUAUGGCCAGGUCAUAUGUGGGAUUAUCCCGAAGGCGAUUCGGAUAAAUUAGAUUUAUUCGAUUGUCGUGUGCAAAAUUGGUAUAUUCGAGCAACAUCAUCUCCACGUGAUGUUAUUAUUUUAAUUGAUGCGAGCGGUUCAAUGACUGGAUUAAAAAAAUCGAUUGCAGUACAAACCGUUGAAACGAUAUUGGAUACCUUAUCGGAUGAUGAUUUUGUUCAAAUAAUUAAGUUUCAAGAAAAUGCAGCAUUUAUUGAUGAUUGCUUCCAAAGUGGACUUGUUCAAGCGACAGUUGAAAAUCGACAUAAAUUUCGCACAUCAGUCAAUACUGGCAUUGAAACAAAAGAUAUUGCAAAUUUUACUCGAGCACUCAAUAUGGCGUUUGAUUUAUUAGACAAUGCGCGCAUGAAAAUCGCUCGUACCGAAAAUGCCAAACUCAUAUGUCAAUGCCAUUAUCUGCAAACUGACAAUCAAACUGAAACGCAACGAGAUGCAUUUUGUCCGUCAGAUCUACACGGAAAACAUCAUGCAAGAGAAGAACCGAUAUUUUUAGAUAGCACUGGUUGCAAUAAAAUGAUAAUGAUCGUUACUGAUGGAGCAACGGAAACAGCGUUGAACGUUUUUCAAAGUCGUAAUUGGUAUCCAAAUAAUGUCUCAACAUGUCACCCGAUCGAAACAAGAGUAUUUACAUAUAUGAUUGGAAGAGAAUUAGGAGAUCCAAAACAUAUUAAAUGGAUGUCAUGCGCCAAUAAAGGUUAUUAUGCACAUGUAUCAACAUUGGAAGAUAUUCAAGAGAACGUUGAAGAUUAUAUCCCUGUAACAGCACGUCCAAUAGCCAUGUAUAAUGAUCAUGUAACUGUAUGGAGUAGUGUUUUUCUUGACGUUGAACGAACGUUACCAAUAAAAACAUAUAAAUGGUUCCCAUUUAAAUUAUCUGAUUUGUCCAUGUCGAUGGAUGAAUUUAAAAAUAAAUCAAAACCUGUUCAUUUGAUGAUUUCAAUUGCUCAGCCUGUACUUAAUCCACCGCAAGACAAACAAGAUGAAAAUAUUCUAUUGGGUGCUGUUGGCGUUGAUAUUCCAGUCAAACUCUUACAAGAAUUUUCACCCAAAUAUCGGCUUGGUGUUCACGCUUAUUCAUUUAUGAUUAAUCAUAAUGGUUAUUUAAUGUUUCAUCCGGAUUUACGACCUGUGUUGGGUCCAUAUCGUAAACAAAAUUAUCAUUCAAUUGAUUUGGAUAUGGUUGAAAUUCCUGAUAAUUUAAUGCAUUUUGUACAUCCUUUACCACUCAGCAAAAUUCAACAAAUUCGUAAAGAUAUGAUACAAUCAAAUGAAUAUCACGAAUCAGCUCGAGUCAAAAAGCAUUUCGAUGAUAUGAGAAGAAUAGAAGCAGUUGAACAACGAUAUUUUUAUGCAACAUUAGGAGAUAAGGAAUCAAAUCCGUUUAGUUUGGGUAUUGCUGUUCGUUUUCCUUAUGGUGAAUUUGACAUUCGAACAACAGAUCCUCAAACUGACAAAGUUGAAAUAGCUCUUCGUUUCAUUCUACAACGAAAUGUUCGUAUUGCUGAUUGGAUCUAUUGUAAUUCAACAGCUGAAGAUAAUAUUGGCGAUACUGAAGAAUCAUUUCGUGGUUAUCUUAAAGAAAAAAUUCAAACUAAACGAAUCAAAUCGUGUCCCUAUGAAGCAAGCAAACAACUAAUUAAUAUGAUGAUUGAAGAAUUAUAUAUAAUGAGUAAAUUUGAAAAUUGGACUAAAACUGGUGUAACUGGCAGUGAAAAUCCAAGUCCAUUGGACGAUCCGGCACAUGCGCAUUUCAAAGAAUUUCAACAUGAAAAUCAUUUACAUUGGAUAUUUUUAGCGACACGUUCAGGUAUAACUGCCUAUUGGCAAUUGUAUAAUCUAGCUAAUGAAGAACAUAUGCGGCAAUUUGGUGAUGCAAAUCCAAAUUCAAUUGAAUCUAGUUAUUACGAAAGAACAAUUAAUGCAACUUAUAUGUAUGGCGCUGAUCAUAUCGAUGGUGAUCAUCAUAUUUAUUCACUUUUUUAUGGCAUAUCAAAUGUACCGGUGUCCAAUACACUAGGAAAUGGCGGUACAACAACAACGACGACAACAAAAUCACAAAUGUAUUUAGUUAUUACAACGGCCAUUUGGAUGAAUAAAACAUCGCAGAGACCGCAAAAGAAAAUUUCAAGUGGUUCAGGAAAUGUUCCAUUUGGAGUCUUUGGAGUUGUGUUGCCAUAUAAAACAGUGAGAUCAAGACAUUUUUCUAAUCUCUGUGCAAAAAUGGAUACAGGAAUUUGUUAUAUUAUUGAUGAAAAUGGUUAUAUUAUGUUUAUUAGUCAGCCAGAAGGAACUGAUAGAACGGAGGAUAUUGGAAAAUUCAUAGGUGAAUUCGAAGGUCCACUAAUGCAAGAUUUAGUGGCGAAAAAGAUUUUCUCAGAACUGAAAAUGGUUGAUUUUCAAGGUGUCUGUUUACAACGUAAAUUACGAUACGAGAAGAGUGCUAGUGGUCUCUUUCAUGGCAUUCUUCAAACAGCUUCCAUGAUGAUAUGGAAUAUUAUUAAUCAUAUUGCAAUGUUUUUGGUUCGCGAUAUUGUUAUUUGGCCACAAUGGACUUAUGCAGCUAAAAAAGCUAAUCUCGCUAAUAUAAAUACAACAGUCGAAGCACCACCACAGAAAACUCAUAUUCGUGAAAGCCUCAGUAAUAUUCUCUUAACAUAUAUCGACUUUCGUCGUCCGAUAUUAGAUUAUAAAGGAUAUCAUAAUGGAUCAAAAGAUGAUGACUCAAUUGAACGAGUACCUGAAUCAUGUAUCGAAGAAUUUAAUCUUUACGUUUCAACUUGGAAAGGUUGGCUAGGGCCAUUGCCAUCAACAGAUAAUUCUGUAACAUGGGAACAAGUCGAACGUGAUAAUUCCGUGCAUGGUACAAUCAGUUGCACACAUGUUGUGAAAGAAACAGAAAAUUUCGAUGAUUUUUAUGGAAAUAAUUCGAAUGGAACAAAUUAUUCAACAACGAUUCCACCAUCUCCAACUCCACCUGUUGCUGAAUCAUUUAGUUAUUCAAUAUCAAAAAUUCCUAAAAGUAAUUUAAUGAUGGUUUAUGUCAAUCAUCCAAAAGAAACAUCACAAUUAUGUCCAAAAUUAAUCAUAAAACGUAAACCAGUUGAAUUUACACCAGAAGAAUGGUGCACACGUUUAAAAACAACACCCUAUCGUGAAAGACCACAAAAAUGUUUUUUUGUACAUGAAGGAGAAAACAAAACCUUAUUUUCAAAAUGUUCAUACGCACUCAGAUUGACAAAUCAUAAUUUAUUAACUAACUUCAUGUGGAUUAUAAUUCUAUCCUUUUAUCAUCUAAGAGUUUGA